AUGAAAUGGGCCAACGCCCCGAAAAUCCUCGACGACAUCCUACAUACUUAUCUGGAACUACUCUCAAUCGACCAUCCAGCCGACUGUGCUACGGAGCAGCUCGGUGGCCUGAUGCAUUCCGGACGAGCAAUGGAGAAACGAACCUUCAUGUCACUCCGAGGGGCGUUCUGGACGGAAACAAGUCUGCUCGAGAAAUACAGCAAAGGUGGCCCACGUCAACUAUCCGCCGAUUCUUUGAGUAAAGCUUGCUGGGCUUACGCCACGGCCCUUGCCUGGCGCAUACAGAAGGGGAUUCCCGAACUUCCGAAGGGAAUCCAGUCAAGGACACCGAGUCCGCCCCCGACUGUUGUGCGGCCUGCGCAACGUGAUACUGGAGCUUGGAGACCGCGCGACGAUGCGGCUCGUCGGACGAUGGCUUCCAAGGGAGGAAUUUCCAAGGCUGGAGGCGGAGCUUGGGGAAACAAGAGUGAGGGGAGGAGGAAGAGUGGAGGGUUUAUGCAGAAGGGGAACUGGCGGUCGGUGGAGGCGGUGAAGUGA